CCCCACCCUUCUCUUCCAACCUCUGUUUGGCCCCUAGCUCAAUUCCAGCCUUUGCUUCAGCUGCUCUCCAGCCAUUUGCAAGACUCAAACAACCGCAGCCACUGUUCCCAGAAUGGUGAUCCGUGUGUACAUUGCAUCUUCCUCUGGCUCUACCGCGAUUAAGAAGAAACAGCAAGAUGUGCUUGGUUUUUUAGAAGCUAACAAAAUAGGAUUUGAAGAAAAAGAUAUUGCCGCCAAUGAAGAAAAUCGGAAGUGGAUGAGAGAAAAUGUACCUGAAAACAGUCGACCAGCCACAGGUUACCCCCUACCACCUCAGAUUUUCAAUGAAAGCCAGUACCGUGGGGACUAUGAUGCCUUCUUUGAAGCCAGAGAAAACAAUGCAGUGUAUGCCUUUUUAGGCUUGACAGCCCCACCUGGUUCAAAGGAAGCAGAAGCUCAGGCAAAGCAGCAAGCAUGAACACUAAACAUCCUGCCUUAAGCAUCUUGGAAAAGGAGUCUUCAUUGUUUUUAUAAAAUAGCAGAAUUAUCUUGGCUUCAGAAGAAAUAGGCUUAGUGUUGAAAUAAUAGAUUAGUUGGUAUUUUCGCAUGCAAACAAUCAAAAUGAUGUUGAAAAUCGUUUAAAUGUGAAUAUUAUGAUGAGGAGAAUGUGAGAUGAACAUAAAAUUUUAAGUAGAUGUCAUGGAAUAGUUUUGUUAUCUGCCAAGGCAUUUUAUGUACUUCAAUGAUCUUAAAAAGCAAACACUUGUGUACUUUGUUGGUGUUAUUAUUGCAGCUUAAGUAUAUCUGUAGCUCUACAUUGAGGAAUUUGAAAAGGAGAGUGAGAAAGAAUUUAUCUUUUGUUCCCCAAUUGCCUCAUUAAUUUUAGUAAACAAAAACAUACGUCUUUUUAAUGUGAUGUUAUUGUGACUAAAAAGUAGUUUCAGGUAAUUUUUGUGAUAUGGAAGACAUUGUAAUUUUCUAUGGUAAUUAUAACAUUCCCAUUUUUUUGUAGUUGAAACUUCUAUGUACUGAACUACAGGUUUUCCAGGCUUCUAAAUGUAGCCUUUCAUUGCAUAUUUCAGUGAGCAAAACAGUUGACUCCCACCAAAAAAAAAAAAAAAUAGAUGCAUUCAGUUGACAAAUUUCUUGUUUAACUACUCAGCUAUGAUGUAAUCAUUUUUUAAGUUCUUUGUCCCAGUGAAAUAUGAAUAUGUAUGUUAUAGAAGUGGGAUGGUGAGUACAUUUAAAGCGACAUCCUUUUGUAAAGAGCUCAGACUUUUAAUGAACUGUUAUAAAAUAGGUAAACAUUCACUGCUUAAGUCUAUUUUGGGGGUCUUCGCUAACAGUGCCUUAUUGGUUUCCCCCUAUUAAAACAAAUUGUGAUCACAAAUGCCACUAUCUCUCAGAUAUUUGACUUUAGUAUUUCAGCAUGGCCACAUAUAGUAUGAAUACAUUAAUCUAAGUAUAGAGAAUAUUUUCUAUGCCUUUAUUCCAGUGAAUAGCACAAGUAUCAGGUAAAAGGGUCAGUUUUUAAAAUGUGAAUUCUAAGAAGACAAGAAACAUCAUGGCCUAAAUCACUUACCCAGAAGAUACAUAUAUUGUACUUUAGUUCCACACUACUUUAUUAAUAAAACAUAUUUUAAAAGUAUGUUAUAUCAUUUGAUAUAUUCAAGUCUGUGCUCUUUGUUAAAAUCAACAUAUAAUGAAAACAUGGCUUUGUUUACUGAGAUUCAAACUUGAUGUGAUGCUUUAAAAUAAACUCAGUACUUUGAGAAAUA